GACCGCACCACCGAGGAUGGGAAGCAUCUAGAGGCGGGAGACACAGCGGAUGACCGACGUUUGCUCCGGUGGCCAGGGCGCCCGAAACCAUGACGGUGGCAUUGGGGGAAGCACUCACCGCACUGCUCUUUCUGAGAUUUCCCUAAGCCAGCCCGUCGGUGGAACCGCCGUCAGUUUUUAUCUACAAGUGUUUAUAGGAAAGAUGGCUGACAUUAACCUCAAAGAAGUAACCUUAAUAGUAGGUGUGGUUACUGCUUGCUAUUGGAACAGCCUGUUCUGUGGGUUUGUUUUUGAUGAUGUUUCAGCAAUACUGGAUAAUAAAGACUUGCAUCCUUCUACACCUUUAAAAACGUUAUUUCAGAAUGACUUCUGGGGAACCCCCAUGUCAGAGGAGAGAAGCCACAAGUCUUACCGGCCCUUAACAGUGUUGACAUUUCGUUUGAAUUAUCUCUUUAGUGAACUGAAGCCAAUGUCAUAUCAUCUUCUAAAUACAGUUUUUCAUGCUACAGUCAGUGUGAUAUUCCUUAAAGUCUGCAAACUUUUUCUGGACAACAGAAGCAGUGUGAUUGCUGCUUUGCUCUUUGCAGUACACCCAAUACAUACAGAAGCAGUAACAGGUGUUGUUGGUAGAGCAGAACUUUUGUCAUCUAUCUUUUUCCUUGCUGCAUUUUUGUCAUAUACCAAAUCAAAAGGACCAGAUAAUUCUAUAGUGUGGACACCGAUAGCAUUGACAGUAUUUUUAGUAGCUGUGGCAACAUUGUGUAAAGAACAAGGGAUCACAGUUGUUGGAAUUUGUUGUGUAUAUGAAGUAUUUAUUGCACAGGGGUAUACUUUGCCCUUAUUAUGUACUACUGCUGGACAGUUUCUCCGUGGAAAGGGUAGUAUUCCAUUUUCUAUGCUGCAGACACUAAUAAAACUCAUUGUCUUGAUGUUCAGUACAUUAUUACUUGUUGUGAUUAGAGUCCAGAUUAUUCAGUCCCAACUUCCAGUGUUUACAAGAUUUGAUAACCCAGCUGCUGUAAGCCCAACUCCUACCAGACAGCUAACUUUUAACUACCUCCUUCCAGUGAAUGCUUGGCUUUUAUUAAAUCCUUCAGAGCUCUGCUGUGAUUGGACCAUGGGAACAAUACCACUUAUAGAAUCAUUUCUGGAUAUUCGAAAUCUUGCAACUUUUGUUUUCUUUUGCUUUCUUGGGGCUUUAGGAAUAUUCAGUCUUCGAUACCCUGGUGAUUCCUCCAAGACUGUUCUAAUGGCACUUUGCUUAAUGGCAUUACCAUUUAUUCCUGCAUCAAACCUUUUUUUUCCUGUUGGAUUUGUCGUUGCUGAGCGAGUACUUUAUGUUCCUAGCAUGGGGUUCUGUAUUUUGGUAGCCCAUGGAUGGCAGAAAAUUUCAAACAAAAGUGUAUUUAAAAAGCUUUCCUGGAUUUGUUUAUCCCUUGUAAUACUAACUCAUGCGUUAAAAACACUCCACAGAAAUUGGGACUGGGAAUCUGAGUACACUCUGUUCAUGUCAGCAUUAAAGGUAAAUAAAAAUAAUGCUAAAUUGUGGAAUAAUGUGGGUCAUGCCCUGGAAAAUGAAAAAAACUUUGAGAGAGCCUUGAAAUACUUCUUACAAGCUACGCAUGUUCAGCCAGAUGAUAUUGGUGCCCACAUGAAUGUAGGAAGAACUUACAAAAAUUUAAAUAAAACCAGAGAAGCUGAAGAAUCUUACAUGAUGGCUAAAUCACUAAUGCCUCAAAUUAUUCCUGGCAAAAAAUAUGCAGCUAGAAUUGCACCUAACCACUUAAAUGUGUAUAUCAAUCUGGCUAACCUGAUUCGAGCAAAUGAAUCCCGACUAGAAGAAGCAGAUCAGCUAUAUCGACAAGCAAUAAGCAUGAGGCCCGACUUUAAGCAGGCUUAUAUCAGCAGGGGAGAAUUGCUUUUAAAAAUGAAUAAACCUCUCAAAGCAAAGGAAGCAUAUCUUAAAGCACUGGAGCUAGACAGAAAUAAUGCAGAUCUUUGGUACAACCUGGCAAUUGUCUAUAUUGAACUUAAAGAACCAAAUGAAGCUCUAAAAAACUUUAAUCGUGCAUUGGAACUAAAUCCAAAGCAUAAGCUCGCACUAUUCAAUUCUGCUAUAUUAAUGCAAGAAUCAGGUGAAGUUAAACUCAGACCUGAAGCUAGAAAACGUCUUCUAAACUAUGUAAGUGAAGAGCCCCAAGAUGCUAAUGGAUAUUUCAACUUGGGAAUGCUUGCCAUGGAUGACAAAAAAGACACUGAGGCAGAAGUCUGGAUGAAGAAAGCCAUAAAAUUACAAGCUGACUUCAGAAGUGCUUUGUUUAAUCUUGCACUUCUGUAUUCUCAAACUGCAAAGGAAUUAAAGGCGUUGCCAAUUUUAGAAGAAUUACUCAAAUACUACCCUGAUCAUAUCAAGGGACUUAUUUUAAAAGGAGACAUUCUGAUGAAUCAAAAAAAAGAUAUACUUGGAGCAAAAAAAUGUUUUGAAAAGAUUUUGGAGAUGGAUCCAAACAAUGUACAAGGAAAACAUAAUCUUUGUGUUGUUUAUUUUGAGGAAAAGGACUUACUAAAGGCUGAAAAUUGCCUGGUUGAAACACUGGCAUUAGCACCACACGAGGAAUAUAUUCAGCGUCACUUGAGUAUAGUCAGGGAUAAAAUUUCCUCAUCUGGUUUUGCAGAACAGCCAGGAAUCCCAGCUGGAACGACUUCAGGUGAAGAAGAGACAGACACAAUUCCAGUUGAACAUGAGAAAGAAAUCAAAAGUGAAUCUAGACCAGGACAGAUAAUAAAAACAAGUGAUAAUAAAAGUCACUCUAAAUCUAACAAACAAUUAGCAGAAAAUUCAGACAAAGAGGUCCCCCACAAAACAACAAAAGACAUCAAAGAAAUUGAGAAGAAAAGAGUUGCUGCUUUAAAAAGACUAGAAGAAAUUGAACGGAUUUUAAAUGGAGAAUAGUAUCAUUCUUUCCUCAUGAGACAGUGGCAUCAGAAAACUUCAGUCUAUAUUAUGUGAUUGCCUGUGCAGGAAUCUUUCAGCAUAUAUAGCAGUAUAUGUAAGCUGCCUCUACAUAGGAAAGACACAGCAAAAAGUUUUCAUUUGGAUGAAUAUAUAUGAAUAUUGUAGAAUUACUAAAUUACAGGUGAUAAUUUUGAAACUUAUUAUGAAAGGUUUUUUUUUUUCUUGAAGAAUGUUUACUACUCCAAAUUAAAUAAUUUGAGGCCUGAGUGGUGAUCUCUUGAGAACAUAUCUAACAUACUGGUUUAUAUUGUACUUCUAUUGGCCAACUUCAUCUUUCCUUUACCUCUUGAAUACUAGUGAUCGAUUGAAAACACUUAUUGAAUGCAUUCUUCUUUUCCUUAGUAAUUCCUCUGGAAAAAAUACAAGAAAUUUUGCAUUAUGAAGAAAUAGUAAUUUAUUUAUAGUGUGUCCUUUGGAUGGUUUGUAGAGAGGAUUCUGGAUAAAACAUUUUAAAAUUAUCAUGACAUGUUAGCUUAAGAAUGUAUUUUUUUAUAAUUCCACGCUUGUCCUUAUCUUUACUUAUAAACACAAAUUUUAAGCAGGUAAAGUUUUACACAUACCUACACACACACACACACACACACACACACACACACACACACAUUUCUAAUGGUGCUCCCAAAUACUGUAUUUCUUUUUUGCAUUGAGAGUAUCACAAGUUGAGGUUUGUAAUCAUGACUGUUCUUUGAAGCUUUCAUUCCCCAAACUUCUAUUUCUAACUACAGUGUAAGAAAUCAUCUUACAAUCUGUGGUUUUGCUUAAUUUUUUUCCAAAGUUACAUUUUAAUCAUUCUGAUAUACAUAAUCUGCUACGUUCAAUUCUAUUUAACUGAGAAAGAAUAUUAUAAUCAUUUAUUUUUAAACACUAAAUUCUUGAUAUGUUGUGGAUAUUUUUAGUAAAUACUUUGACUACUGAACAUUCAUAAAAAUUUUAAAACUUUUAAUUGUAGGAUAUUUUCCUAUUUGUGCAUAUAUGAUCAUUUUGUGCAUGUUUGAUCAUUUUUUCUGUUGUCCAGUUAUAAAGAUUACUAACCUGAUGUAGGGCUAAUCUGCCUUACGUAGGGUUAUGUAGGGUUAAUCAGUCUUACAGCAAUUUUAAACCUAAAAAAAAUCUUGGAUUAAAAGUAGAUGCAAACAGUCUUACUAAUUUAAACCUAAUUUUGUUCCCUGAGUUAAAGUACAUUUUCAAUGAGCUUUAUGAUACAAUACCCAAUAAAUUUGGUUUUAAUUUAAAAUGUUAAAGCUCCAGGUAUCAUUCUGAGAAAGUAAUUUAUAAUUAUGUAGAGCUUCAAAAACUAUUUUUUAUAGUUCCUUUGAGAUAACUCCUUUCUAAUUAUUUAGUCUUAGAAAUCAUAUUCCUGUACUGUUUUUUAAAGAAAUGCUUUAUAAAUAGGUCACAAGAUAUGAGUCUGCUUUGAAGUCCCACCCUUAUUAAAUUCCCAGCAGAUCUGGCAUAAUUUUUUUUCUUUUCUAAGGUAGUUUAAAGAAUGCACUGAUACUACUGGGUAUUAAUUCUUAGCCCAGGAGAAUCUUAUCAAACAUCAAAGCAAUAUCUAAUUCCAGCUUUGUGACUUCAGAUUUAAGGUGAAGAAUACCUCAUAUACUAUGACUUGAACACUAUAUUAUUCUUACGUUUUGUCCAUAUAUCUUGAGGAAAAGUCUCUGAGUGAUCUCUGUAGCUAUAAUUUCACAUGGAGAUAAGUUUAGUAAAGUAAAAGGAAUUUUUUUUAGUACCGAAGUUACUAAUAAAAGCUUGAGUAAUACUUUAGUAAGUUUAAAUAAAUACUUCAAAUGAUAGAAAGUAUAUAUUAACUAUUAUCCAGUAAUAGCACUAGACUAACUUUUGAAAUUUGUAAUAUAACGUUUGGCUUAAUUUCCAUUAAGGAAUGAUGUUCUGAGAAGUAUUUAUUUCUUAAGGUUGAGUUCAGUCACAUUUGCUAUGUGUAAUAUUUUAUUAUCUUCAAAGAAUGGCCAGAUGAGAGAAGGUAAUGGAUUUUUCUUUCCUCUGAUAUUUUGAAGAGACAGGGAUGAGGACAUUCAAGCUUAGCUCACUAACUCAUGUUUCUGAACUGUGAACAUCUAAAAUUAGAGAAGAAAAUCUGUUGCCUGUUUGGGUGCUGGUAAAUGGAUAGAGUUUCAUUCUCAUUGUUUUCCAAAAUCUAAUCCCCAGGAGUUCUAGCAAAGCUUUGACAAUCCCCUAGGAGUGAUGUGAUGUUACUCCUUCACUACUUCUCCAAAGGUAGAAUCAAGCUUCUUGAAUUACUUUGUAUAUUUGUAUUCCUUGUUAACACUAGAAUUUGGGAAGUUUUUAAUUAUUCCAAUGAGCAUGUUCUUCGGGGGAACUACAGACAUGUACUUCCAUUCCCAGAUACCAUUGAAUGAUUUUUCUGAAAUUAUUGACUUAAAGAAAAAAAUAACUUUUGUAGUUUUAAGUUUACUAGUAAUGUAAAUAUUUGGUGUAUGAAUUAUACUAUCCUAAUAAAGCCUCAUGCCUUUUCAUUGUAUAUAAUUUGAACUCAAUUUCAUGUUAUUAUAGAAUGUUUCUUUUAAAAAAAACGCUUUGAUGAAAGUAUUAAUACUUUAGAUUUCUAUGUCAAUUUAUACUUCAAAAAUCCAUAUAUUUGUCAUAUUUAUUUUUUUUAAACAAAAUCUAAUUGCAUGAUUGAAUGGUAUGUAAAAUGACCCUUUCCCCUAUAUCUGUGUCAAAAUGCUUAUGUGUUGGAAGCUGUCAACUAUCCAUGUUAAGGGUUCAUAAAGUGGCUUAAAAUUGUAUGCAUUUUAUAUUAUGUCUGUGUGUACCAUAUUUCUAAAUACUCAAUAUUAAAUUGGUACUUUUAAAAAUCUUAAACCUAAUUUGCCUUUUAGUUUUAAAAUGGAGAACAGUGUAAAAAGAAAAGUGAUUACCACCUCCAAGUAGAAAGAAACCAGCAUGUAAAUUAUUAGCAAUAAUCUGACAAAGGCACACAUUGUAGUUAGACUCUUUGGCAGUGAUAAAUUUAAAACUAUUAAUGCUAAAGCUAGACUAAGAAAGUGAGACAGUGUUUUCAAACUUAGGACUUCAUUAAAGUUUAACUCUGCAUGUGCCCAAGUUCAAAUCCAGGUUAUCACCUCUGGUAAAAGCUAGGGUAAGUUACUAACCUGUAUGUUCUCAAUUUACAUUAUGCAUUAAUAUACUUCACAUAAGUUGUUUUGAACAGGUUUUAGCUCAUAGUAAUGUUCAUUGUUAACAUGAAACUUAAAAUCUAUACAUUUGAUUUCUACAUGUACUAACCGGAAUAAUCAUAGCAAACAUGAUUAGAGGUCACAUAGUAAUGUUUGUACAUACAUAGUUAAAAUGUAUUUAGGAUUAAGUUAAAAGUGAAUAGAUGAACACUAAAGUACUUUAAAAUUGUACUGCCUUGCUGUACAGUCCUAUCACAGAGGGCAUAAGAAAUGUUACAUUUUCUCAAGGCUAGAUCUCAGGCAAACUCACAUUCUUUGAAACUCACUUUAAAAAAAAAAGCAUUUCUGUUACUGUUGCUGGGUAGCAUUUAUGUUCUAAAAGAACCGUAUGCCUUUGUGUUUCUGCUUUGAAUAAAACAACCUUCAAAAA